CCUAUCUAUUUAAAGGAACCAAUCUCUAGAUCGGAACACACAACACAUCGAAAGAUCUGUCCUUUGUGUUCUGUUUUUGAGUGUGUCUGGUUUUAUCUUCUCCGGCGAAAAUUGGUGAUCGGGCAUCACGGCUAUACACGGGAUAUCAACGGGUGUCAGCUUUCAUGUCCAUCUUGUACGCAAGGAGGGUUGUUUAAUCGAGACUAACCCUUUGCCGCACGGAGGACGUGGAGCUCUGCCGUCUGAAGGCGGCAGCCCUUCCGAUCUCCUCUUUCUCGCCGGAGGCGGUUCCUCCUCCUUCACCUCUUUUCUCUUCCUUUAGGUUUUAGGGUUUAGAUUUGUUUCUUCUUCUUCUUCUUCUUUCUUUUUUUUUUCUUCCUGAGAAUGCUGAAAAUCAAGAGGGUUCCGACCGUAGUGUCUAACUACCAAAAGGAUGAAGCUUCGGAUGAAUCUGUCGGCUGUGGACGGAACUGUCUCGGAGCUUGCUGUCUGAACGGUGCAAGGCUUCCGUUGUACGCUUGCAAGAAACUGGAAAAAUCCGGCACCGGAGAGAAGGUUGUGAUCAGCGGUGAAGCUAGAGAGCCUCCUGUGGCUUUUCUGGAGUCCCUUGUCCUUGGAGAGUGGGAGGAUAGGUUCCAUAGGGGGCUCUUUCGCUACGAUGUCACUGCCUGCGAAACCAAAGUGAUCCCGGGGAACUAUGGAUUCGUUGCUCAGCUAAACGAGGGUCGUCACCUAAAGAAGAGGCCUACCGAGUUCCGCGUGGACAAGGUUUUGCAGUCUUUUGAUGGCAACAAGUUCAACUUCACUAAAGUUGGUCAAGAAGAGUUGCUCUUCCAGUUUGAAGCUGGUGAAGAUUGCGAAGCUCAGUUCUUCCCCUGCAUGCCUCUUGACGCUGAUAAUUCUCCUAGUGUUGUUGCCGUCAAUGUUAGUCCAAUAGAGUAUGGCCAUGUCCUGCUGAUCCCUCGCGUUCUUGACUGCCUACCUCAGAGGAUCGACCACAAAAGCCUUUUGCUUGCACUUCACAUGGCGGCAGAGGCAGCUAAUCCUUACUUCAGACUCGGUUACAACAGCUUGGGUGCUUUCGCCACUAUCAACCAUCUUCACUUUCAGGCUUAUUACUUGGCCAUGCCUUUCCCAUUAGAGAAAGCUCCUUCAAAGAAGAUGAUAACCACUGUUAGUGGUGUGAAAAUCUCAGAGCUUGUGAAUUACCCUGUGAGAAGUCUUCUCUUUGAAGGUGGAAGCUCUAUGCAAGACCUAUCUGAUACUGUCUCAGAUGCCUGUGUUUGCCUCCAGAACAACAACAUCCCUUUCAACAUUCUCAUAUCUGAUUCUGGACGGCAGAUCUUCUUGAUGCCACAGUGUUACGCAGAGAAGCAGGCUUUAGGUGAAGUAAGCCCCGAGUUGUUGGAAACGCAAGUGAACCCAGCUGUGUGGGAGAUAAGUGGGCACAUGGUGCUGAAGAGGAAAGAGGAUUACGAAGGAGCUUCGGAGGAGAACGCAUGGAGGCUACUAGCAGAAGCUUCUCUGUCAGAGGAAAGGUUCAAGGAGGUUAAUGCUCUCAUCUUUGAAGCCAUAGGUUGUAGUAACCAAGAGGAGGAGCUUGAAGGAAUCUUAGUUCAACCUAGUGGAAGUGUUAACCAGACAGGCAACCGAACCCUUGGAGGUCCGAUCACUAACGGGAUUGCCUCUGAGUGCCUUGUUCUUCAGUGAACAACUGCGGCCUCGUGGGUUUUUAUGUGUAAUUAGAGUUUACAAUGCAUAAAUAAGCAAACUCUCUUGGUAGUUGCAUUUGAAGCUUCCCAGUGCUCUUUUUGUGAUGGUUAUGGGUGUUUUAUGUCCUAAACUUGGUUGUAAGUUUAUGUUAUGGAUGAUCUAUGUUUAUGGUUUAAUCUUGUUUAAAUUCGAUUAGUUUA